AUGCACAAUCCUGUCGCAGCCACACAAGGCUACCCUUCCCCACGACCGCAGGGUUUCGAUGACCCCGUAUAUGCCGCCCCUCCUCCAGAAGAGCCACCACCUUCCUACGACGAAGCGAUCCAUUCAUCGACGUCUCCUCUAUUGGUAGGGCCACCGCCAGACUAUGGCGCCUUUCGAGCCUAUGUCGACCCAGAUGAGUCUUCUGAGGCUAGCAGCGAGAUAGAGGGAACAGAUCAACCUCUGCACGAGUGGCUUGGACAAGCGUUUGGCAUUCUAGUAUUUCUGGGCAUCAUGUAUGCAUUCUGGUGGACCAUCAACCAGCCUGAUAUGGAGCGUUCUCCUGGAUGA